AAGAUAAAUUUAAAUAUCUUUUUUUUGCAAACAAUUUUCUUCAGGUUCAUGUGCUUGAGGACUUUGCUCGAGUCCGGCCGUUGAUCGCUAUCUUUGCUAAGCUGUUCGCGCUUCGGUGAUCAAUCAUCUGUCGAUCAUAGCUGCCUCGGCCACACACCCUACGUGUGUUAGGUGGAACAUUAUUUUUAACCAUCAGAACAUCCUUGACGCAAUCGCCGGUGAUGCAGCAGGAAUAAAAUAACUCCACCACGACGACAAGACGACGGCGCACAACAUACACAUACAUUGACGGAUCUUCAUUGCGGAAGCCGAGGGAACUAACCGGAUAGCGCGGGACGGGGACAUUUCCACUCAUAAAGACGCAUAGCUCGCGCAAACGCGAAUUGCAAAAACGGUUUAGUCGUACACGGUCCAACAGUCUCAGUUUCAGUCAUAGUUAAGCUUUGUCCGGGUGGUGUACACGUUCCGCUGAGGGUCCAUUAGCCAUCGUAUGAAACGCGACUAGAACGGUUUAUUGUGAGAGCAUUUUUGUUUGUAGUAGGAGCGUGCGUGCUUAUUGCAACGGUUAAACUCAAGGUAAAACAGUUUCGUCUCUAGUUCAAGGACGUGAAAAACAGAAACAAAAGUAUCCACGAAAACGCGAAGGGUUGUGUGGUUGAUUUUUUUGUUUCCUUUCGGAAGGGGUGUGCAUACGUAAUGGCGCAGCAAGUGCAGCAAGUUUUCAAGGUCGCUCUAGCCAAAACGGCUGGACAAAGGGCGAUGUCUACCGGCAGUGUCAUCGGUACAUUGGAUGGAUCUGGUACUUCGGUUACAAAAAAAUGCGCAACGCAAUCGUCCGGGCUGCACAUGUCCGUCCAGCGCAGCUAUCCCCUGGCGGCCACACUUCCGCUGCCACCGAACAUUGAUGCAUCGGAAACGCGACGCUUUUCACCGUUGCGCUCGCGUGACAUCAAUGCUUCGGCGCUGCUAACGCACCAAUCGGCCGCACCGGUCAAUGUGGAAGCUGUAUCAGCAGUCGGGAUAAUCGAUGUGACGGUGGACAUGACUGGCGGACCGGUCGAUCCGCACGUCGCCUCGUACGACUGUACCGGUGCCGUCAGUCUCAACUCGACCAUGCAAAGCAACGUACCGAGCCCGUUCGGGGGUAUGCACAAGUUUACGCAUCUGAACAUGCCGGGCGGUGCGUGGGCACAGGAGAGCAAGUUCCUAUCGCACGAACUCAACUCCUCGCAUUACACCAACCUGCGGCAGGAGGUGCGCUCCGACUGGAGUAGCUACGAAGACCGCCCGAUCAAGCCGGAAGGUAGGAAGAUGAUGGGGUUGUCGCGUACAGGUUGCUGGCCAAAAGGCGAUAGUUUCGGGUCGUUUUCGAUGUUUACAAUGGUGUCAGGUAGACAGGGCGCCGAUUGCGGUGCGUUAGGUAUAAGGCGCCGGGCCUUCUCGCUAUGCUCAACACACUUAUUGGUAUGUACCUCCGCGGCGCUUAAUAAUAAAUCCCCGCAAGCUAACAACACCGCUACAGGAGAACAAAAUUCGAAAGGUAAUUCCGUGCCUAGUGAGGGACAGGUCCCCGUCUCGCGCAAAGAUCGACUAAAAAAAGCUAUUAAAGAGUACGGAUCUACCGUGCUCGUGUUCCACGUGAGCAUUAGUCUCGUUUCACUGGGUACCUGCUAUCUACUGGUAUCGAGCGGAAUAGACAUCGUCUCGCUAUUGGAUCGCAUGGGCUGGGGUGAUUCGGCGCUCGCCAGCAAGGCUGGUGCCGGUGCCGGCACAUUCGUCAUCGCUUACGCUAUCCAUAAGGUGUUUGCUCCGGUUAGAAUUAGCAUUACCCUGGGUGCAACGCCGCUCAUCGUACGGUAUCUUCGCCGAAAGGGCAUCCUGAAGCCACCAGCGCCAUCAGUAUCGGCCUCUGGAUCAUCAACGUCAGCGAAGCAAUCCUAGAAGAUAUAUAACCUGCGUGUUGUGUGACGACCUUAAAAGGAGUGUGGUUUAGAGUGUAUAUUUUUGUAUUGGGAAAACAUUCAGUUACACAUUCAGCAAUAAUAAAGUUAAAUAGAAAUAUUA